AUGGCACUACAUAGCAAUCUCCCCGAUUUUGACUCAUUGCCAGAAGUCAAGGGCUUGCCAAAGGGCUGUGCCUGGGGCCUCUUCGAUGAGAAUGGCGAAAAAGACCUCCUCGGGUGUAUCAACCUUCUUACAACGGAUGUCGUGAAAGAAGCACUUAAAGAGGCUCGCGAUGGCGUCUCAAUCUCCCUCAACUGGGGGCUUGGCGCCCUCAAGACUCCGGCAUUUAGUCGCCAAGGCCUCGAGCGUUCUGUUAUCGACUUCCAAGAGACCCCCAUAAAUGCGCAUGGAUUCGACGAUGCGAUCAGCUUCAACACGCAGUCUGGUUCUCAGUGGGAUAGCCUGGUUCACGUUGCCCAUCAGCCGACCGCUCUGUUCUACAACGGCUGCAAGCCCUGCAAAGACGCUUUGCUCAACGGAGAGGACAAGCAUUUGCCUACCCUCAACCACUGGCACGAGCGUGGCGGAUUGGUAGCCCGCGGCGUUCUUCUCGACUAUCGCGCCUACGCUGCCGCCAAGGGCAUCGAAUACGACUGCUUUUCAAACCACGGCAUCUCCGUCCAAGAUCUUGAGGCCAUUGCUGAGUAUCAGGGAACGAAGUUUAAGCAGGGCGACAUUCUCAUCGUUCGGACUGGUUUCACGGAAGACCUCAGUGCAGCUGAUGUCGACGAACAGAAGCGAUCGGUGGGCACGCACCAAGCAAUCGGCGUGACGGGCAAUCGGGAAACUGCAAAGUGGUUUUGGAAUCAACACUUUGCGGCUGUGGCUGGCGAUGCUGUUGCAUUCGAAGUACUGCCGCCACUUAUUGAAGAAGAGGGAAACAGACCUGGCACAGUCGCAGAUUUGGUUCUCCAUCAAUAUUUCCUGUCGCUCUUUGGCCUGCCUAUAGGAGAGCUCUGGGACCUCAAGGCUCUUGGAGAGCAUUGCAAGAAGGUCGGACGCUAUGAAUUCUUGUUGACCAGUUCGCCCCUCAAUAUUCCGGCUUCUGUCGCGAGUCCGCCGAAUGCCUUGGCAAUCUUCUAA